AUGAAGGUCCUAACAACAUUGAAUUUGUCGAGAAAUCAUCUAUCUGGUGAGAUCACAAAAACCAUUGGUGGGCUCAAAAGUCUUGUUUAUCUCUCAUUGGCAUUCAAUCAACUAGAAGGCUCAAUUCCUACAAUUUUUGGUGAGUUGGUAAGCUUGAAGAUCUUAGAUCUCUCUAAUAACAACUUAUCUGGAGAGAUUCCCGUCUCAUUAGAAGCAUUCUUAUACCUCAAAAACAUAAAUGUCUUCUUCAAUAAACUAAGUGGAGAAAUUCCUACAAGAGGACCGUUUGUACACUUCUCAGCUGCAUCAUUUAUGUCAAACAAUGCACUUUGUGGUGUGGCUCGACUGCAAGUCCCCCCAUGCCAAAGUGGUGCUCCUAGAACAAAAAAGGCCAAAAGAGCUAGUGGUAUACUAAAAUAUCUUCUACCAAUAAUGGGGUCAAUGAUAGUAAUAUUGUGCCUUGUAUUUGCCUUGAAAAAAUGCAAGAAGCGUAACUCCAAAUUGCCUACUGACGAGGACACAUCACCUUUGGCCACAUGGAGAAGAAUUUCGCAUCAAGAAGUUCUACAAGCAACAGAAGGGUUUAGUGCAAACAACUUACUUGGAGAAGGUAGUUUUGGGUCAGUUUACAAAGGACUACUCUUGGAUGGUAAGAUUGUUGCAAUAAAAGUUCUAAAGUUGCACGUAGAAGGAGCAUUCAACAGUUUUAACAUAGAAUGUGAGCCAAGCAAUGUGCUAUUAGAUGAAGAUAUGGUCGGACAUGUUGCUGAUUUUGGCAUCUCCAAACUCCUCGACAAUGGAGCUUCUCUCAUGAAAACAAUGACCCUCACUACAAUUGGCUAUAUGGCACCAGAGUAUGGAUCUGAAGGAAUCAUUUCUACAAGUGGCAAUGUGUAUAGCUUUGGCAUUUUGAUAUUGGAAACUUUCACAAGAAAAAAGCCCACAAAUUCAUUAGCCCGCUCAGUACUUGAAGUGAGCUUGAAGUGUUUGGUACAAGAUUCAUUAGCCCGCUCAGUACUUGAAGCUGUUGAUACCAAUUUGUUAAGAAACGAAAAUGAUUGUGCUGCGAUAGAGAAUUGUUUAUUAUCCACUUUGGGAUUGGCUUUGCAUUGUUGUGCAGAUUCACCUCAACAGAGAAUUGGUAUAGAAAAUGUUUCAACUAGACUCGACAGGAUCAAAUCCAAGUUUCUCAAAGAUAUUGGUGGAAAUGUGAGAAAGUGA